AUGUCGAAUGGGAGUUCCCCCAACGACUGCUAUAAUACGAAUUGUUGCUCCCGUCACUGUUUAUGCUAUGUUGCAAGAGAGCUGGAUCGUGUUGCAAAGUCAUGGCAUAUCGUAUGUUAUAUAUUAUCUAACGUGACGCUGCUGAUGCCACAGAAUUCCUCGUGUGGUUUUGGAAGAGUCUUACAUACAUAUGUAAAAACUAGUUUCUUCAUCCGCGGAAGUCAACAGGAGUCAGUGGCACCAGCGGUAGUCAGCAGCACCAGCGGUAGUCAGCAGCAAUCAGUAGCACCAGCGCGUAGUCAGCAGCAACCAGUAGCACCAGCGGUAGUCAGCAGCAUCAGUAGCACCACGGUAGUCAGCAAGCAAUCAGUAGCACCAGCUGGUAGUCAGCAGCAAUUCAGUAGCACCAGCGGUAGUCAGCAGCAUCACGGUAGUCAGCAGCAAUCAGUAGCACCACCGGUAGUCAGCAGCAUCAGUAGCACCAGCGGUAGUCAGCAGGCAAUCAGUAGCACCAGCGCAAUCAGUAGCACAGCGGUAGUCAGCAGCACCAGCGGUAGUCAGCCGCAAUCAGUAGCACCAGCGGUAGUCGCAGCAAUCAGUAGCACCAGCGGUUGUCAGCAGCAAUCAGUAGCCACCAGCGGUAGUCAGCAGCAACAGCGCGGUAGUCAAGCAGCAAUCAGUAGCACCAGCGUAGUCAGCAGCAAUCAGCAGCACCAGCGACAGUCAGCAGCAAUCAGUAGCUCAGCGGUAGUCAGCAGCAUCAGUAGACACCAGCGGAACAUUCCAUAUGAGCACAAUGCUUAA